GACUCUCCCGGGAGUGCAAAUCGAAGUUCUCAUAUUGCAUCACAGCACAUAACUGAGCCCGUCUAUAAAAAGAAAGAGACAGAGACAGGACAGAGCGAGAGACGGGUGCAGCUUUUCCACUCUGCAGAACUAGCCACCGACUUCACCCCAGACACACUUUACUCCAGGGAGCUUUUGCCCGUAUGUGAUAAAUCCCCAGGCAGGAGAUUUGGCUGCAUCACAGACCCCAGCGCCGACCUACUGCUUCUCCAUCACCAUGGAGGCUUCUCUUGCUGCCUGCAUCCUCGCUGCUCUCCUGGCUACGGGGGCCUGUCUGCAGUGUGAGGUUUGCGAAGGCCAAGGAACCGGCUGCACGGGCACCAUGCGGCCCUGCCCAACUGGGCAGGACUCUUGUGCCAUCGCUGUGACAGUAACCACAAUGGCGGGAGUGAACAGCCGGAGCAUUCACAAGGGCUGUGUGAUGUCCAGCCACUGUAGCACCGGCCCCGUCUCGAUGAAUUUUGGGCAGGGGAUGACGACAAGGACGAGCGUCGCCUGCUGCGUGGGAGACGCCUGCAGAACCACCACAGUUGCAGUGCCCCCGGCGAACACCGAACCCAACGGCCGGCGCUGCCCGGCCUGCUACUCUCUGUCCUCUGAGCAGUGCCGCGAAGAGACCAUAAAUUGCACUGGAUCCGAGACCCGAUGUCUCGACGCUACUGGGACCAUAACACCUGGUCGAAACCCAGUGCAGAUGGUCAUGAAGGGCUGCGUCUCCCAGUCCAUCUGCGACCAGCUACAAGUGGGUUCGGGAACCGUCGCAGGGGUCAGUGCAAGUCUAACCACGGCCAAAUGCACAACGGACUCCGGUGCGGCGGGCGGGGCUCCAGGACCAGCCGGGCUCCUCCCGGCCCUCGCUGGGCUUCUCCUGCUGAAGCUUUUCUCCUGAUUCCCACCCGGUGCAACAGCAACACGGCACUGAAAUCCACCCUGCAGCCUGCGUUAGCCGCUCUCCCCCAGGGCUUCCCGGCUCCCGGAUGGACUCGCAUCCCCCUUUAUA